AUGGUCUACACAAUAACGGUCCACCUGACCGCGAAAUCUGACCCCGAGUGCAUCGAAAAACUGAAAAGCAAGCUCAUCGAGGCUUCUCGCGUCUAUUCACAGGACAAAGAGACCUUGUCGUGGUUCGUGAUGCAGAGUGUGUUUGAUAAGCGGGAGUUCACGAUUGUGGAGAGGUAUGAACGGGAAUCUAGCCAGCAGUUCCAUCUGAAUAAUCCCUACUGGAAGACGUUCGAUCCGUAUGUACUGCCGUUGCUGGAGAAGCCGAUGGACCUGAGGCGGUUUGAGGAGUUGGAUACUAGCCAGGACGUUAGGGUUGAGUGA